AGAAAUAUGUAUAGUACCAUCAUGAAUGACACAAGCACAAUGUUGUGUUGAGACAAAGUUUGUGAUUGUUUGACAGUUUGACCCCACUGAACUUGCUUCAGACUCACACAACACACAAGUCACAAGUGUAAGUGUAAUGGUCCCCCUUAUAGACAGAUAGACACGCACUUUCGUUACUCUAAUCUAGUAAGUAAUUCCCAAAAAUUGUCGAAUCUACCGUCGCUUACUCACUCAUCAUCACCAUGGACUUAACUUCCUUUGAUCUCCCUCCACCACCUCCACCCACCACCGUUCCCAGCUUCACUCACCACGUGGCACCCCAUCCUCCUUACGCUGAGAUGAUAUACAAAGCAAUUGAAGCACUGAAAGAGAAAGAUGGAUCAAGCAAAAGAGCAAUAGGAAAGUACAUAGAACAUGUAUACAAACAAGUUCUACCACCAGAACACAGUACCUUGUUGACACAACAUCUCAACCACUUGAAAUCUGCUGGUCUUCUAAUCAUGUUCAAAAAAUCAUACAAACUACCUUCCUCACUCCCUCCACCUCCAACUCUCAAUAGAUCUGACCACUCUGAAGCUCAUCUUCCUUUCACUCCUUUAACCCAAAGAGGUCGUGGUCGUCCUCCUAAGCACAAGCCCAUCCUCAUACCAAAUGCCCAGCCCGUUUUCGUUUCUCUAGACCCUCCUCCUCCUACAACUGCUGUGGAGCCUGUGCUGUCUGUUAAAAGAGGGCGUGGACGUCCGCCUGGGACUUUCAGAUCUAAGUCGAUAAAGAAGCCCAAAUCUGUGUCCAAUGGGCUCAAACGACGUCCUGGCCGUCCACCUAAAACCCAGUCGCACCCAACAACUGUCAUACCCUUUGCUGCUGCUCCUGCUCCUUCUGUUGUUUCAGAUGAAGCCAAUGUAUCUGUUAGAUCUACUAGGCCCAGAGGCCGCCCCAAGAAGUAUUCAGAUACGGUGGUUCCAGGUGCUGGAGCGACAAGGCGGGGUCGUCCUAAGAAGCUUGCCGUGGUGGGCAGGCCCAAAAAUCCCUCCGGAAGGCCAAUUGGCCGCCCAAAGGGAGCAAAAGGUAAAAAGUUUGUCAAUGAAGAUCUAAGAAGGAAGCUUGAACACUUUCAAUCAAAGGUUAAGGAAUCUCUUGACAUCCUUAAGCCUCUCUUUGAUCAUCAAAGUCCAGCCACUGCAGUUGCAGCAAUUCAAGAGUUAGAAAUGCUGGCAACUUUGGACCUUAAAGCACCAUUAAGAGAUGAAACACUUCAGCCACAACAAUUUCCGGAACCACAACCGCUGCAACAAGAGCUGCCAUCUCAGCAACUGCAUCCCCAGCCAGUGCCACAGGCGCUGCCAUCUCAGCAACUCCAUCCUCAACCAGUGCCACAGGCGCCACCAUCUCAGCAACUGCAUCCCCAGCAAGUGUCACAGGCACAGAAUUAUGAACAGCAAUAUCGCCAGAUGCCAUUGCAGCAACAGGUGCAGCAGCUGUUUCAACCACAUAAUUUAGCCCCAAGCUAGGAAGAUUUACAUGGGCCUCAAUUUGGUAACCCACUUGUAAAAGAUAUGUAAAGCUAGUAGUAGGUAGGAAGUAGGGGAACUGAUUUUCCGAGAAUCUAAUGACUGUGUUCCUUUGAAUUUGUUUUAUGCUACUUUAGAUUAAUUGACCCCUGUAAUAAUAUUUAGAGACCAGUGUACUGCUGAUUCUGUUGUUAUUCUACUUGUAUUAAUUUAGAACAAUGCUUUUAUUGGCAAUUUUAUUCUUUAA